AAUUGUAAGUGUAAUGUAAGAAAUUAAUUUAAAUUGAGAUUAUAGUAUUAAAAAUAUGUGUAUUAUAUUAGUAUAUUACACUCAGUAUUAACUAUAGUUACUAUACACAGUAUAAAGAGCCAUUCCCCCCCAGAUAGGCAGAUACUGCCCCAAAGUGUGGGGAAAAGUAUGAGGAAUUUGGUAUAGGUACUUUUCACGACGGGUUUUGUGACACAAUUCGCGCCUCACGGGUUGGCAACAUUGCAGCUUGCGGUCCUGCGGCGGUGUACUGGUAUUAGACGUGUCACUGGCGCUGGUAGUAGAGGUAUACACUCAGUACAGUGCUACCCUCAUUCUACCUUCACGUUCCUUCGGACGCACAGUCAAGUUGACUCCCGACUUAACCACUCAAAAUCGCUCGUAUAUUGAUGGCUUUGCUCAAGUACUUCAAGAAACCCGGUGUUACUGAUGAACUACGACCUGAGGAACUGGAUAAAAGGCAAACAACAAGUGAUGAAAAUGGACAGGAAGAUCACCCAACUGGAUCAGUUUUACCAACACCGAAGAAUGGCGGUGAAACGAGCUUCAAGCAAAAAAGGCAUCAUCCAUCAAGUACGUCCAUUCAAUUGAAAUCAAAGCGAAGGAAGUGGAAUAAUGACUAUGUGAAGUAUGGAUUUUAUUUGCCAAAUGAAGAGGAGCAGAAUCCUUAUCCAGCUACUCAGUGUCUCUUCUGUUCUGCGAAGUAUAAAAAUUCAAAUCUUGUACCUUCCAAGCUACUGUCCCAUCUCAAAAUGCAACACAGUGAGCAUAAAAAUAAGUCAAAGGAGUUCUUUGAAGCAACUCGAGCUGAACUCAAAAAGCAACAACGCUCCUUCGAUAGCAUUAUGGUCCAUCAAGAAAAGGAAGAGAAGUCCCUUCUAAUGACAUCAAUGGAAAUAGCACAUAUACUUAUGAAAAAUAAGAAACCUUUCACUUUAGCUGAGACAGUCAUUCUUCCAUGCUUAGAAAUAGCUGCCCAGCAUCUUCAUGGAGGCAAGAAACCACGUGAUAAGGUUCGGAGUAUUCCACUUUCAGACUCCUCAAUGAAACGUCGAUCUGUGGCAGUCGCUGAAGAUUUGAAGGAUCAGCUACUUACAAGGCUCAGGGCAGCACCCUGGUUUGGUUUGCAGUUCGAUGAAACCACUGACAUUGUAAAUGUUGCUCAACUUUUAGCUUACUGCCGCUUUCCUGACAGUCAGUCCAAGAAAAUUGUAGAACAUUUCCUAUUUUGUUUACCACUAGGUGUACAGACAACAGCAGAGGAAAUAUUCACCAAGAUAAAUGAGUUUAUGGUCAAGAAUAAUCUGAGCUGGAAAAAAUGUGCUUGUGUUACCACAGAUGGGGCUGCAGCAAUGGUUGGAAGUAAGAAAGGUGUUGUUAAGAAAAUUAAGGAUGUUGCUCCCAGCUGCUGUUCUAUUCACUGUAUAAUACAUCGGGAGGCAUUGGCUGCCAAGAAUUUACUGUCAAAUGUGGGGAAAAGUGAUUUUGACGAAAUCAUCAGUGAUGUGGUAAAGAUAGUGAAUAAUAUCCGUGCAAAAGCAAAAAAGAGUCGCAUGUUUGAACAGCUUUGCAAGGAAAUGGAUGCAGAAUUUUCUAAGCUCCUACUUCAUGCAGAAGUUCGUUGGUUGUCUUGUGGCAAAGUGUUGAACAGAUUUCUAACACUAAGAGAAGAAGUGUGUGUAUUUCUGACAGAAGAAGACGAAAGGGCUGUCAAGCUCCAGGACAACUACUGGAUU